GGCGUUAAGGGUGAGCCUGAAGGGGUGAGGACUGUCCCACGCUGAGGGAGAGGAGAGAAGCGAGGCGACGGCGAGGCACUGAGCUGCCCUCUGAGGUCCUCUAUCCACCAGACCUGCUCUGGGUUUAUGUUGAGCCAGACGGCAGCAGUGUGAGGGGCUCACCCACCGAUGGCUGCUCAUAGAUGGGCUUUGCUCUGGACGCUGAGCGCGGUCUGGACCAGCGCUGCCGGAGAAACACUUCCUUGUCCAGAAGGCGCUCAGAUAGACCAGAUGGGCCAGCGGUGCUACUGGCUCUCUGGGUCUGGGUGCACCUGGUCCGAGGCUCACCAGGUCUGCAGGGAGACCGGGUCAGGGGGUCUGGCGGCGUUGGAGGGACCCCAGCUCCAGCGUUUCAUCCAGCACUCCUUCCCCGUGAAGUUCAGUGUGUGGGUGUGGCUCAGGGGGGCGGGGCCUGAGGGCUCCCCGGGUCCCGGGGUUACGGCGUCGGAGGGCCCCGGCCUCUGCCCUCAGAUGGCCCUGGGGUCCCCAGGGCAGCGCCGGAGGACCGGGUGCAGCGAGCGCCACGCCGUCCUCUGUGAGGGAGACGUGAACGCCUCCUUGCCGUCCGUGGACAGUUACCUGACCGGGUUGGCCCUCAUGACGGGGGUCUACCCGGGAGUAGAGCUGCCCACCCUGCCCAACAUACCCAACGCCGGGCAGCACCCAGUGGAGCUGCAGCUGUUCCCUGGCUUAUGGUUUAGCCACGCAGGUGUUCUGGCGUCGCUAGAGAUGGUGGUCAAGCCCAGCACACGCCCCAGCCUGGCCCGGGUGCAGAUCCUCAGGCCGUACUGCAGUCCCACGCACCAUCUCGUACCCCCAGGCUGCAGCGCUCUUCUGAAUCCGUUCAGCUGCUGCUCAGACGCCCCCCUGUGUAACACCACGGGCGGCUGCGCCAUGGGCCUCUACUGGUGCCAUCUGCGGGAGGUCUGCGUGCCCGUCACCAGCCCCUGUAGCCCCUACGACCGGUCCCCGGCCGCGGGGGCCAGGUUCAGCUACGCACUGCCCCCCAGAUACCCCGCCACGCCGCCUUUCUACCACGUGGUGGCAGACCUGCCCCUCCGGAUGGACGCCGUCCGUGAGCUGACGAUUGUCCGACUGGUCCUGCCUGACAGAAAGUUCACGGUCUAUCCGGACGAUGUUGUGGCCGUGCAACACAACCGCCAGUCAGGGACCUUUGUGCAUUGUCCCGCCCCCGAGUCGCCCUCCAGCUCCCCCUGGCGCCAGAGCUACCUGUCCCUGGGGGGCUCUGAGGGCGGGGGCUGGUGGGAGGGAGGCCUCUCCUCCCCAGACCUGGGGGGCCACUGGGUCGACGAGGUGGUCUGCAACCUGCGGAUGCUCUACGUGGACGCCUUGCCCGGGAAGAGCCACGCCGUCCCAAACACGGAGCCCCCCCGCGAGGUUGACGACCUCCCCGAUACUCGGAUGACCUCGGACCCUGAAGUCGUCUCCCUGAGUCCUGGUCCCGCUCCGCCUCCGGGUCACAUCACAGGACUGGAGGUCAUCCACCCCCGGCCUGACGGCGACAAACAGCUCCACCUGCAGGUCCAGGUCCCGGUUCUGAGUGUCGUUAGGAUCCGGUCUGGAGGACCCGACGCCAGCAGCUCCUGGUCGGCUCCGGGGCUCCGGACAGGGGCGCCCUUUCGACCGUUCUGCCCAGAGGAGGUGCCUGAACCCUGGCUUGGCUGCGAGCGAGAGUCCCCGGAUACCUGGUUCUCCUCGGUGACUCUGACGCUGCCGUCGGCUGGGGAGCACACCCUGGAGGUCAGCGCGGUGAACUCGGUGAGCAGCCAGAGUGUGAGCGUGACGGUGUGGGGCUACCAGGCGGUGAGCGGACUCAGCGUGGACCCCCCUGGACUCCUGAGGGUCCUGACCGACUCGGCACAGUCGUUCAAGGCCAAAGUAGAAACGGGUUCUUCUGUGAAGUUCACCUGGAUCAUGGAUCGCCUGGAGGAGUUCCCCUCUGAAGGAGACUCCUACAAUGUGGUGUUGAAGAAACCUGGUGACUACAAACUCAAGGUGACCGCGGCCAAUCCGGUGAGCUCCCAGACGCAAGACGUUUUCCUAACCGCAGACGUCAUGGUUCCGCUGGCCAACCCGGAGUUCCUGUCUUCACAGAAAGUGGUUGCUGCGAACGACACACACCUGUACACCAUCAGGGUCCUGGUGGACACCGCUCUGGGGGUGACCUUCAUCUGGAGUUUUGGGGAUGACAGUGGCCACGUGAGCCACACUCAUCCAGCUCCGUGUCUGACCAAAGAAGGACUGGUGGAGGAGGGAGAGAGACAGGUGUAUGUUCAGGACUCAAUCAGCCACGCAUACCUCAAGCCUGGUGACUUCACACUCCAAGUCCACGUGUCCAACCCCUACGACAGCAUAGAGACCUUCAGGCUGGUGAAAGUUCGUCCCAGGCUAACGCGUCUCCUGCUCUCCUCCUCCCCUGCGGUGACCUCCGUCGAAGAGCCCUUCCUCAUGGAGGUGGAGGUCCACCCCUCGGCCGACGGGGUCUCGUACGUGUGGGACUUCGCUGAUGGCUCCCCGCCGCACCUAUGCACCUUAGGAGGGAUCAGUCACGUCUUCGGAGCACUCGGCCUGUACAACGUCAGCGUGCGAGCGGACAACGGCGUGAGCGCCCUGAUGUCCUGGCUGUCGGUCGAAGUGGCCGAGGAGGUUGCCGGUUUGACUCUGAGCUCCAACGGCCCCAACGAGUUGAGCUCCGCGACGGAGAUCCGAGGGGAGGUGGACUCCGGGAGCGGUGUUGUUCUGGAGUUUGAUUUUGGCGAUGCGUCGCCACUGCGGGAUUGGCCCCUAGGUGGCUUCGUGUCCCACACGUACAGGGCUCUGGGGAACUACACCGUCAUCGUGACAGCCUCCAACUCCCUCGGUUCAGUCCGUCAGUCCAUCAACGUUGAGGUCUACAAGUUAGGCAUCAGUGAGAUACUGCCUCAAGAUUGUGUCAGCACUCGUAAGGAGGUACAAUUCACGGCCCUAGUGACUGUGAACGUAUCCACAUGUACUUUCCAUUGGGACUUUGGAGAGGCAUUGCCUUCCGCUUUGGUGAAAGGAAAGCCCACAGCCACACACACAUACUCAAACCCCGGUGUUUUUCUUGUGAAUGUGACUGUGUACAGUCCUCUCAGCUCUAUGCACCUCAGUGCCAACCUUUGCGUUGAAGACUCAAUAUCGAGCGUGGCUUUGCAAACAUCAAAGAGUGUGGUGGCAGUGGGAGAACGAGUGUGUCUGAGUGUUCUCGUGCUUCCAGAACAAAUCGGUUACCAUUUUUUAUGGCAGAGCUCCCAGAGUCCCUCGAGUGAGGCGGCGAACGCUGACAGGUUUUUUGUCUUUAACAAGGAAGGAAAUGAAGAUGUAUCGGUAAUUGCGAGUAACAAAGUAAGCAGAAAAUCUGCAGAAAUCUCUAUUGUCAUUCAAAGCCCCGUGGGCAAGCCCUCUGUGGCACACAGUGGCCUAAAUGGUGCGCUGACUGUCAACACAACGGCGUCCUUCUGGGUUCACAGCUGCACAGGAACCAAUUACUCGGUUCUCUGGGAUUUUGGUGAUGGUUCCCCGGUGGGGAGUAGCGAGAACGUCUCCCACAUCUUCACCGCCACGGGACAGUUCAUGAUUAUCGCCACAGUGUUUAACUCCAUAAGCAAAACCUCAGCAACCCAGGAAGUGAUAGUUGUACUUCCUGUAAUAGACCUUGUGCUUCGCAGCGACCCACCCUGUGUCGCAGUGUGGGAGGAAACCGUUAUAACAGCAGUUAGCACCACUAUCGACAGCACCGGAUAUGUCUGGUCGAUCAACGGUGUGACCGUAAACGCACAGGGAUCUCCUCAGCUCAGAUACGUGUUUCCCACGCCAGGAGUGUAUCAGGUCUCGGUCAUGGCUCAGAACCCGGUGAGAAAAAGGCACGCGGCCAUUUUGAUCGAAGCUCAUGAAAGGAUAGAGAGACUUUGUAUCGUGUGUCCCAAUCUGACACUCAUGAAAUACACACCGACGGGGGAGAGUCUGCACUGCACUGCUUCCUUGGCGAGCGGUUCUAACGUCAGCUACAGCUGGUACUCUGUUCACAGAGGAACAAAUCAGUCUGCUGGCCUUGGAGACAGCUUCAGGCUGCCGCUUGAAGCCCCUGGCGAUGUCUUUGUCCAUUUAACAGCCUCCAAUAAGCUGGGUGAGACAACCAGUAAUGUUUCAAUCAUGGCAGUAGAGCGGGUAGCGGGUGCAGAGCUAACAACCCCAUCAGACGUCGUGGCUGCAGGGAGACCGGUGAACAUCUCUGUGGGCGUGGCCAGCGGGUCUGACCUCCAGUAUAGUUGGUAUGUCAACGCUGACCUUUCACCCCUUAGGACACACAUGCCUUUUCUUCUCCAUAUGUAUGGCCGUUUGGGUCAGCACGAGGUUGAAGUCCGAGUGGAGAACAUUCUUGGUCACGUCAGUGCCACUAAAGAGUUGACGGUUCAGGAGGAGAUACGAGACGUCGACUUUCAAAUCAACCAGAAGCCCAGUCCGUUUUAUAUCUCAGCAGGUGCCGUGGUCUGGCUCUGCGGAGGCCUCCGUACAGGGAGUGAUCUGACCUGGGAGUGGGCAAUGGGAGCUGCUCUGGUUAGAGGCUCCAGCCCAUCAUUGAAUCAUUCCUUUACACAUGAAGGACUCUACAAGGUGUCCCUGAAUGUCUCCAACGGGGUCAAUUGGCAGGCGGUUUCACACAGUGUCACCGUCCAGGAGCCCAUCAGUGGACUGACUCUGGACUUGAACAGGUCCAAUGUCUGCACUCAAGACCCGGUGGUGUUCACCCCACUGGUGUCCACCGGAACCGACGUGAGCUAUAACAUGACGUUUGCUGAAACCGAUUUGGUUGACGGUCUUGUAUUUGUAAAGGACCGGUUUGUCCUGACUGACCUCCCUGUUGGACUGCACGUGGUGACAGUGGAGGCAUGGAACCUGGUCAGCAGUUCAAACGUCACGUCCUCUGUUUACGUGGGUGAGCGCGUCAGUGGUUUGCACAUGGUGGGUUGUUGUUCCGUCACCUUGAGUGCUCGGACUGACACCCGUUUUAAAGCACAAAUCCAAAGUACCUCACCGGCCGUCUACACCUGGACGUUUUCUUUGGAGGGGUCGGAGCCUGUACAGGUCAGCGGACAAGUAGUUACCUUUUCUCCACCUGGAAGUGGCACAUUAUCUGUCCUUGUAGAGGCCCGCAGCGGUGUCUGCUCACAGUCCCUGAAUGACACAUUCCUGGUGGAGUUUCCUGUUCAAGAAGUUCAUCUUCUCUGUCAAUCAGAUGGAACAUUUACUGGACACAUCAUCAAGAUCCUGGCCAGCGUGAUUGGCGGGAGUCACCUCAAGUUCCACUGGGAUUUUGGAGACUCCACUGAAGUUUUGGUGACAGACGAAAACACAGCCAAUCAUACGUACCACACUCCCGGGGUGUUUCAUGCCACAGUCAAUGUUUCGAACAAUGCCAGCCAGGUAUGGACUCAGAUCAGCCUGGAGGUCCGUGACCUGCAGUGCGGAGGCCCUCAGGCCGAGUUAGUCCAGAGCCGUCCCACCAUCCUGAGGUCCAGCCCCAGCUACUUCGAAGCCGUCGUGGAUGUCAAAAACUGCUCCGCAUACAAGGCCGCAUAUCUGUGGGAAAUAUUCAGGAGAUCUGAAGGGGAUCCCGGUGGCACCGCAACCGCGGUGAACCUCGGCAGCAAGGUGUCAGUGACCUCGCCUCUGCUCUCCAUACCGGGUUGGACUCUGGAGGUCGGGCGGUACGACCUGGUCUUUACCGUCUCCCUCCAAGGAACUCCUCUCAGGAUCCAGCGGGGGACAUUGUUGACGGUGGCUCCCAGGUCCCUGGAGGCUGUCAUCAAGGGGGGGUCCGUCAGACUCUGGCCCCCCCUCAGCGACCUCGUCCUGGACGGCUCAGCGUCCCGGGACCCCGACGCUGACCCGGACGCGGAGGACCAGUUGGAGUAUCACUGGGACUUCAUCGAGGAGAGUUCCACAAUGUGUGAGCCUCCAUGUCCACACAUUGACAGAGAGAGAAGGCAAAUGACCGUCCCUGGCAACCAACUGCACAGCAGCAGAGUCUACGUCUUCACCCUCACCGUGCAGACGGCCGGCAAGCGAGCCGUCUCUACAACGCAGACCGUGAGGGUGUGCGAGGCGGGGAAGGUGUUUCCCGUGACGGUGGACUGUGUGUCCUGUUCUUCCUCGGCCUCCUCUUCCUCCUCCCCCUCCCGUCGGGUCAGUUACACUGACCCCCUGGUGCUGUCGGGUCUCUGUGAACGGUGUGACGCCCAGGCCCAGUACCAAUGGAGUGCAAAGGACCAGAGCGGGUCGACCUUUGACCUGGACGAGGUCACCACCUCGACUGGGGGGCGUUCCCCUGCCCUGGUGCUCCGCCCCGGAGUCCUGCAGGAGGGGCGGAGCUACACCUUCACGCUGAACUGCACCCAGCCGGAGGCGGGGCUGCGGGGCAGCGGCGGGCUGACCGUGGCACCCCACCCUCCGCCCAGCGGGGGGCGCUGUGUUCUGCUCCCAGGGACAGACGUCAUCCACCCCCUGGAGACACUGGUCUCCUACAGCUGCACCGGCUGGAAGCAUGGGAGCAGCGAGGGAUCCCAACUGAUCUACACCUUCCAGGUGGCUCCGUGUGGAUCCAGCCUCAUAGCCUGCCCCCUGGUCACGCUCUACCGGGGAACCCGCUCCUCGCUUGGCACCGUGGUCCCGGCCGGAGUCUCUGAGCCGGAGAGGAACGGGACGGCGCUCCCCAUCACCGUACUGGUGGAGGACCAGUUCGGGGCCACGACCAUCGCCCUCCACCGAACUCUGACGGUUGAACACCAGAGAACGGGCGCCGAGGCCAGUGAUUGGCUGAGGAAACGGAGCCAGAGAGAGCUGUGGGUUUUACUCCAACAUGGCAACCCCCAGGAGAGCCUGGCCUACUCGCUGGCCCUCACCAGCCAUCUCCACCAGGUGGAGUCUGGGCGGACUGACACUGCGUCCUGGGACGCCAGGGAGAUACGAGCGGGUGUGACCCGCCUGCUGGUCUCUCUGCCUGUCUCUACGCUCUACGACGUCGGCCAAGUGAGCUCAGCGCUGAUCCAGAGCACCGCUGUCUCCAGUAGCGAGCCGUGGUGUGCGGGUUGUCAGGAGAAGGUCCUGGAAGCGGUCGGCAGGAUGGUGCGCGUGAUGGAGGAACACGGGAGGACCCGCACGGCCUCGGUUCUCCGCACGGGGACAAACGUCCUCCACCUUAUUGAUCGCCUCCUGACCGGGACCCCUGAGGCUGGUUCCGCCGGGAGCCCCCCAGCGCCCGGGGCGGCCCUCAGGGCCCUGGGCUACGCCGGGGCCCUCGUCCGGUCGCUGAUGGGGCCCCGCGUCCUGGGAGAGGAGCCCCUCUCUCUCGACACGUCGCACCUCACCGCCCUCGGUUUCCACGGAAACCCCUCCGAGCUGCUGUGCGCCGACAGCGGCGUGGGUCAAAACCCGCCGGGUUCCGGUGCCGGGUUCAGGACGCGCGCGCCGUGCCCCUUCCGCAUCCCCCGCCCCCUGGCGGCCCAGCUGGCCAAUCAGAGCGCGGCGGUGGUGCAGGUGCUUCUGGCACUGGACGGCCCGGCCGGCUUCGCCGAGGCGGACCCGCCCAUCUCCACCGCUGUGGUCGCCAUGGAGAUCAGCACCCCCAAGGGCUGGCCCAUACCCCUCCGUGACCUGCUCCCCGAGCAGGCCAUCCGCCUCGCCCUGCCCAGCCCCCGCCCCGCGCUGCUGACCGGAGGAGGAGGAGGAGGAGGAGGAGGAGGAGAUGAUGGAUCCAACACGUCCGGGGACCCGUCCUUGAUGAGUGUGUUCACCCUGCCCGCCGGAGGCGGGGUCAACUUCACGGUCCAGGCGGUGCACGGCCUGAAGGAGAAGGCAGGGCUGUACCUCAGCCUGAACCUCAGCCUGGUCCCAGGAGCCGGGGCGGCGGGCGCGGGGCGUGUCCGGGUGGAGGUGAGCCCCGCCCUACCGGGCCCCACCCCCCUGGUCCGGGAGCUGAACCUCUCCCUCUCCUCCCCGGGCGGCUCCGUGGAGCAGACCGUCUUCCUCUCCCCGCUGUUAAACAGCACCGAGGGGGCUCUCUCUGUGAGGCUGCAGUCGUCGCUGGACGCGGGCCCCAUCAGGGCCUCUGUGUGUGUCUUCAGCUCCCUGUGUCAGUACUACAACGUGACGGACGGCCGGUGGCGCAGUGACGGGCUCCGGCCACUGGAGGGCAGCACCCUCCGCUCGGCGCACUGCCUCACCACGCACCUCACCAUGUUCGGGGCCAGUCUGUUUGUCCACCCCGGGGCCGUAGUGCUGCUGCCACCGGGGGACGGCGGGGGGCUCAGCGUGGCCGUGGGUCUGGUGUGUGCGGUGCUGGUGCUGAUCCACCUGCUGCUGGGACUCGUGGCCCACCGGCUGGACCACCUGGAGGGCCGGAGGCUGGGCACGGUGCCGCUCUGUGGGCCUGGGGGUGGCUACCGCUACCGGGUCCUGGUGAAGACGGGCUGGAGGCCGGGGGCAGGCACCACGGCCCACGUGGGCGUGUGUCUGUACGGCGCGACCAAGAGCGGCGGGCGCCACCUGCAGAGGGGUGGGGCCUUCCAGCGGGGCGGCCUGGACCACUUCCACCUGGAGACCCCCCACGGCCUGGGGGAGCUGUGGAAGAUCUGCAUCUGGCACGACAACACCGGUCUGGACCCGUCCUGGUACCUGCAGCAGGUGGUGGUCUGGGACCCCCAGUCGGACCACCUCUUCUUCUUCCUGGUGGAGGACUGGCUCUCUGUGGGGGGACACGGCACCGGCACCCUGGAGAGGAGGGUGCUGGCCUCCUGUCCCGAGGACCUCUCCGGUUUCCAGCGUGUUCUGUGCUCCCAGCUGCUCUACGGGGCGACGGAGCGCCACCUGUGGCUUUCCCUGUGGACGUGCCCCGCCCACAGCCUCUUCACCCGGGCCCAGAGGGUCACAUGUGGGGCCCUGCUGCUGCACCUCUACAUGGCCCUGGGGGCCGUGUGGCACGGGGCCGUAGGCUCCACCACACACAGGUGGGUCAUGUGUCCAUACCACAGCGUUGGGGAACCCUCGAUCCUGAUUGGUCCGCUCAACGAUUGA